AUGCGGGCGGCGCUGGUCAUCCUCGUCACCUCGUUUCUCGUCGUCCACGCGGGCCACAUCAUCCCAUGGCUCCACAUCAGCAAAAGCAUCAACAUAAGGCAAGUGAAGCCCAUCUACAAAGAAGUGCCAGUGAUCAAAGAGAUCCCAGUCUACAAAACCAUUCCAGUCUACAAGACAAUCCCCAUCUACAAAGUGGUUAAGGUAUACAAGGAUCACCAUCACGACCAUUAUGAUCAUCACGACGACCAUCACCAUGAUGAUCACCAUGACGAUCACUACGACGAUCACCAUGACCAUCACCAUGACUACAAGUACGAGGGUUGGCAACCACCGAAGGACUGGAAACCACCGAAGGAAGAAUGGCAGCCACCAAAGGAAGGCUGGAAACCACCAGAAGGAUGGCAGCCGCCUGAGGGAUGGCAGCCGCCUGAGGGAUGGCAGCCGCCUGAGGGAUGGGAGCCACCCACCUACAAGGACAGCUGGAAACCAUGGGAGUCUGGGUCCCCCGGAAUCGAACGUCGGAACUCCACCGCCAAAGACACGAAGCCCUAA